CAAAACAAACCCAACGGAUAGAAAGUCAGAGCAGCUUCAGGAGCUAAAGCAGCCUCAGUUCAGGAGGGUUUGUUUAGUACGGUAUUCUUAGCAACCAUGACUGUUGAAGAAACCCAAGUGGCUGAGGUUGUCGUUGCUGGAGAAGAGACCAAGAAGGUCGCCGAAGAGACGGAAAAGGUUUUCCGAGGUGACGAUGAAGUGAAAGAUGCGGAUGAAUCAAAGCCCAAAACAGUUCAAAAGAGCUCUUCUUAUAAGGAAGAGAGCAACUUCCUUACUGAUCUGAAGGAGUUUGAGAGGAAGGCGUUGACUGAGCUGAAAGUGAAACUCGAAGAAGCCAUCCUCGGAAACAAACUCUACAAGAAAGAGGACCCAAAAAAGACGGAGGAAAAACCGGUGGCAGAAGAGAAAGAAGGCGAGGAAAGCGAGAAACCUGUGGAAGAAGCGGCUGAAAAUAAGGAGGAAGAGAAAGAAGUAGGCGUUGGAAAGGACGAAGCAGCAGUAGAAUGCGAGGAAGAGAAGAAACCCGAUACAGAUAUCUCCCUCUGGGGAGUACCCCUUUUGCCUAGUAAAGGCGCCGAGGGUACAGACGUAGUUCUCCUGAAGUUCUUGAGGGCGAGGGAGUUCAAGGUAAAUGAUGCUUUCGAGAUGCUCAGGAAAACGCUUCAAUGGAGGAGGGAAGCCGAGAUCGAUUCGAUCUUGGACGAUGAGCUGUGCGCAGAUCUAAGCUCCGCCGCCUACAUGAAUGGCGUUGAUCGCGAAGGUCACCCGGUUUGCUACAACAUUUUCGGGGUGUUUGACAGCGAGGAGCUUUACCAAAAGACGUUUGGAACCGAUGAGAAGCGUCGGCAGUUCCUGAGAUGGAGGUGCCAGUUGAUGGAGAAGGGUAUUCAGAAGCUUGAUUUGAAGCCCGGCGGCGCCUCCUCCUUGAUCCAAAUCAAUGAUCUGAAGAAAUCCCCCGGACCCGCCAAGAAGGAGCUUCGGAUUGCCACAAAGCAAGCAAUUGGGAUUUUUCAGGACAAUUACCCAGAACUUGUUGCCAAAAAUAUCUUCAUAAACGUUCCAUUCUGGUACUAUGCUCUCAAUGCCCUUAUAUCUCCCUUCCUAACCCAGAGAACCAAGAGCAAAUUUGUUGUUGCUCGCCCAGCCAGGGUCACAGAGACUCUGCUCAAGUACAUCCCUGUGGAGGAGAUCCCUGUUAACUACGGUGGCUUCAAGAGGGAGAAUGAUUUUGAGUUCUCUGUCAAAGAUGGCUCGGUUUCAGAGCUCAUACUCAAGGCUGGAUCAACCGAAAUCAUUGAGAUACCGGCAUUGGAGGUUGGAACCACAUUGGUGUGGGACUUGACUGUUCUGGGCUGGGAAGUGAACUACAAGGAGGAAUUCGUUCCGGUUGAUGAGGGGUCUUACACCAUCAUUGUGCAGAAGGCAAAAAAGAUGGGCUCUCAGGAAGGACCUAUUCGCAACUCCUUCAUAGCCAAUGAACCUGGAAAAGUUGUCCUCACCAUCGAGAACAUGUCCAGCAAGAAGAAGAGGGUUCUGCAUCGGUGCAAGGCUAAUGAGAGCUGCUAGAUUUCAUGAGAUAUAUGAUUCAUUUGAUUCAUUAUUGGAUUUAUUUCAUUGCUACAUUCUUUUACACUGUAAUUCAAAAAGUGCAUUCUUUUGCAGAAUUAAUGUUGAUCCUGUAAUUUUAUUUCU